CUGCCUGCAGCCGCGUUUCCUGGCUGGAAACCCCGCGAAGCUUUUCUCUGCGGGCCUGGCUGGGGAGCAUCGCGACUGCAGCGCGGAGACUCAGCCCGGAGGCGCCUCUUCCUUCCGCAGUAAUGGAGAAAACAUAUACAAACACCUUUCCUCUCACUAUGACUUCUUCUGAAAAGCAAGAGACUAUCUGUAUUUUUGGAACAGGGGAUUUUGGAAGAUCACUGGGAUACAAAAUGCUUCAGUGUGGUUAUUCUGUUGUUUUUGGAAGUCGAAACCCUCAGAUGUCCAGCCUGCUGCCUAGUGGUGCGGAGGUAUUGAGCUAUUCUGAAGCAGCUCAAAAGUCUGAUGUGGUAAUUCUAACAAUCCAUAGAGAACAUUAUGGUUUUCUCACAGAACUAACUGAAGUCCUCAAAGAGAAGGUUUUGGUAGAUGUCAGCAACAACCUCAAGAUUAAUCAGUAUCCAGAAUCUAAUGCAGAGUACCUUGCACAGUUGGUGCCAGGAGCCCAUGUAGUAAAAGCAUUUAACACUAUCUCGGCCUGGGCUCUCCAGUCAGGAGCGAUGGAUGCGAGUCGGCAGGUUUUUGUCUGUGGAAAUGACGGCAAAGCCAAACAAAGAGUGGUGGAUAUUGUUCGCACUCUUGGACUGACUCCAUUGGAUCAAGGAUCUCUCCUAGCAGCCAAUGAAAUUGAAAACUACCCCCUGCAACUGUUUCCAAUGUGGAGGUUGCCCUUCUAUUUGUCUGCUGCACUAGGUCUCUUCUUCUUUUCCUACUGUGUUCUAAGAGAUGUAAUCUAUCCUUACAUCAAUGAAAAGCAAGAUAGUACAUUUCGCCUGGCGAUUUCCAUUCCAAAUCGAGUCUUUCCAAUAACUGCCCUUAUCUUGCUGGCUUUGGUUUACUUCCCUGGUGUUAUUGCUGCCAUAUUGCAACUCUACAGAGGGACAAAAUACCGCCGGUUCCCAGCCUGGCUUGACCACUGGAUGCUUUGCAGAAAGCAGCUUGGCUUGGUAGCUCUUGGAUUUGCCUUCCUGCAUGUCAUCUACACACUUGUGAUUCCUAUUCGCUAUUAUGUUCGAUGGAGAUUGAGGAACAUCACCAUUGCCCAGAUCAUGGACAAGAAAGAGAAUCCAUUCAGUGCCUCCUCAGCCUGGCUGAGCGACUCCUAUGUGUCUCUGGGAAUCCUGGGAUUUUUCCUGUUUGUUCUCUUGGGCAUCACUUCCUUGCCUUCAGUUAGCAACACAGUCAACUGGAGGGAGUUCCGAUUUGUCCAGUCCAAACUGGGUUAUUUGACCCUGAUCUUAUGCACAGCCCAUACUCUGGUGUAUGGUGGGAAGAGAUUCCUGAGCCCUUUAAGUCUGAGAUGGGGUCUUCCUUCAGCCUACGUGUUAGCGCUCGUCAUCCCUUGCACAGUGCUGGUUACCAAGUUUAUACUCAUCAUGCCAUGCAUAGAUAAGACCCUUACUCGGAUCCGCCAAGGCUGGGAGAGAAACUACAAAUACUCAAAAUCAGCACUGAAUGGAAGAUCCGACAUUUAAAGCAAAGUUGAGCUUUUUCCCUCACCAUGCUCUGAGGUGUUAGGAAAUGUUGCCUGACGUGGAGAACCUGAUGUAUUGAGAAGCAACACUUAUUUUAUUUCAGGUUUGUGAUGAAUCAGACCAGGUCUGGAGGCAUGAAGCCGAGAUUGAGAUUAGCAUAGUGGUUCCACAUUAAGAAGUUUCUUGAGUGUCUGAGUGUCGGCAGCAUGAACAAUGUUAGAUCUUACAAACUCCAGAAGAAGAAAAAAAGCGUAUCUCCCUUCUAUACGUCGAAGGCAGAGAUAAGUGAAAGAGAAAACAGUGAUGAAGGUUUUGCUAUAGGCGUGUGUCUGAAGAAGCAGCCUAAAUGAAGCACAAAGAAUGUAAUUUGUUUCUAUCUUUCUUUUCCAAAAAUAACAGUGAUCAUAAAUAUUGCCAUAGUGAUUUUAUUCUAUUUUGUUUGUUAACAGAUUUGGUGGUGGUGGUGGUGGUGGUGGUGGUGGUGGUGGUGGGAUGUUUCUCUUGCUUGCUUGCUUCUUCUAAAGCUCAAACUCAAACCCAGGGCUUCAUGGAUGGUAGGCAAACGAUCACUGAACUAUAUCCUCUUCUCAUCCUAUAUUCCCUAUGAAUCAGACUAUUUUAUGACACAACAAAAUGGUCACCAUCCAAUCGGAAGCAACCAUGCCUUGAGUAUACACAAAACUGCAGUUGUAGUAAGUCUUCCUCUACAAAAAGUAGGUAGAGGAAAAAUUGAAAAAGAAUAGAAAUAUAUUCAUUUGGAUUUUUUAAUGUGUAAACAAAGAAGGGUUAAUAGAUGCUCUUGCACAUAAAAAAACUCACAAGCUAGAAUUUUAGUUAAGAAAUAAAUACUAUAGAGUUUCAUUAUAUUAUGUCUGGCAUCAUGAGGAUAUUAUGGUAGAUUUAAUAAAUUAUAUAUUCUGAAUAUUGCUCAAUAUUGGCCAUUUAUGAAUUUAAUUUCUAGUCUGUUAUAAUUUUUAAGCAGUCAAAUUAGAUGAAUUAUGUGAAGUGUGAAUUUGAACAGUGCAGAGAUGAGUAAGAACUGUGGGAAAUCAGAGACGUGAGAGCAGUAGGUGCAGUAUAAGACCCACUUUGUUUUCCAAUUCUUGGUGCAAUGUAAAUGGAUUUACCGAUUUGCUGUAGGUCCCUUUCCAAGGUGACCUUCAACAGGAUUAGCCAUCCUAGCACAACCCUGGAGCUAAAAGGAGACUGAUGCACAGUCUUCCCACAUAUCACUGAAAUAACUAAAAAGCAUUGGAUCUGACAUUUUUCUGCCUAAUCUACAAAGGCCAUUUAUAGUUUCUUAUUUUCUCUCUUUUUUUUUUACUUUUGGUAUCACAUAUUACAUAUGACAUUAUACCAAGUGAUUAAAAUAUGUGAGACCAUCACCCACAAUCCACCUUAUUUUUCUAUACUACUUUUUGAAAAUAGCUAUAUCUAUAUACUUCUAUUCUAUUUAACUUUUCUUUUAGUCUUUAUUUAUUGAAAGUUUUACACUCUUAUACAUGAUAUACAUAUGUAUUUAAUGACUGUAUAACAUUACAUCAAAUCAGCAUUUAACUUCUGCCUUAAUUGAACAUGUAGGAAAUAGCCAUUUUUUUACUAAAACAAAUAUUUCAUAUAAUAUCUUUGUACUAAUAAAUUUUUUAUAUAUGCGAUUUACUAUGUUCGGUCAACUAAUUCUAGAGUGGCCUCAUUGAUACCAUUUUUAUUGGAUGAGGGUAUUUGUUUCAUCAUAGAUUUGAAGUUCUAUGAUUUUUUUAAAAAUAACUGCAUAAGCCCACAGAAGAUAUGGUCCUCUAAUGUAUCAGCUCAAGCAAGUCUGCAAGAAGCUGGAAGACUUGGAAUGCUAAGAGAUAUGAGAUUGGCCCAGGAGCAUCAGUGGCGAAGAGAGAAAAAUGUCAUUGCUUAUUCUUGUUAUGUGAAACAGCUCGAUGUUGCCGAACUGGCUAGAGAGUUGUUUGAUUAAAGCUUCUCUACCCUCAAGGCUAGUCUAAAGAAGGCUUUAGGAUUAAUUACACUUCCUUGUCAGUAAUAGCUUGAUCCAUCACUAAAAAAAUAGGAAAAACCACAUCUAGAUAAAGCACUUGCCUAAAGUAAAAAUGAACUCUACUUUGAUAAUCCACUUUUUAAAAAGCUCUAGUGUUUGGGGCAUAACAGCUACAUUAACAGACAUGACCUUUGUCCCCAAGCCAUAGUGGUUGGCCACAGAAAACCAGCAUUGUCCAAUCCCUCUCAACCUCAUCCCUCCAUCUGCCCCAAAUUCAUGAACCCAAAUUAACCACCUUAAUAAAGCUGAUUCCUUCAGCUAACUUAGACAGUGGACACAACGGGUUUACAGCCAAUGUGAUAGGUGCUUGCAUAAACUCCUUUUAACAGAUGCAGACUUUUUGACAUUAAUAAGAGACUGCUUUCCUUGACCGCUGCUCCGUUUCCUGUAUCCUGAAAAAUUUCUACUAAGUUCAUAGACCAUUUAUUUUUGUAUCCUUUCCCCAUGUUAAGGAAUAACAGCUAUGGUAAAUGUAUACUCAUUAAAUGUUACUUUUGAAAUA